CUGUGUUGCCGCGGGUGUGACCGGGGCGUUCCACGAACCGAGAGCAGCUCGAGUCAGGGCUGCGUGGGCGCUGAGCCCAGGAUGCUGAGCUGUCUGGAUCCCCCAGUCCCUGGAGUGACAUUGAUCUGGCUUUGUGUUUCCGCUCCCUGGCCGCGCGAGGGGGAAGUGACCAGAGCUGACGCCUGCUCGCUCGGGAGUUGAGGCUCAGGUGCUCUGUUGCAGCUAAGGUCUCCAGUGAAUGCUGAAUUGCUCAGGAAUUUGGGGAAAGAUAAGCUGAAGUCCCCAGUCCAUGGAUCCCUUGGGUGCACCCUCCCAGUUUGUGGAUGUGGACAUACUACCCAGCUGGGGUGACUCGUGUGAAGAUGAAUUAAAUGCCUCUGAUACUGCAGCUGAAACUUUUCAGAAAGACACGAUCAGAUCACCUUUCCUUUAUAAUAAGGAUAUCAAUGCAAAAGUGGUUCUUUGGAAAGGAGACGUGGCGUUACUGAACUGUACAGCGAUUGUGAACACCAGCAAUGAAAGUCUCACAGAUAAGAAUCCCGUGUCAGAAAGUAUCUUUAUGCUCGCGGGGCCUGAUUUGAAGGAGGACCUGCAGAAACUUCAAGGUUGCCGGACAGGUGAAGCAAAAUUGACAAAAGGAUUUCACCUGGCUGCCCGGUUCAUCAUUCACACGGUGGGACCUAAGUAUAAGAGCCGCUAUCGCACAGCUGCCGAGAGCUCCCUGUACAGCUGCUACCGAAACGUCCUGCAGCUGGCAAAAGAGCAGUCAAUGUCUUCUGUUGGAUUCUGUGUCAUUAAUUCUGCAAAACGAGGCUAUCCUUUAGAAGAUGCAACGCACAUAGCACUUCGCACUGUAAGGAGAUUCCUAGAGAUUCAUGGAGAGACCAUUGAAAAAGUAGUAUUUGCUGUCUCUGAACUUGAAGAGGCUACUUACCAAAAGCUGCUACCUCUGUACUUCCCAAGGUCCUUAAAGGAGGAGACUCGGUCAUUGCCGUACCUGCCUGCAGAUAUUGGAAAUGCAGAAGGGGAGCCUGUGGUCCCUGAACGGCAGAUUCGAAUAAGUGAGAAACCUGGUGCCCCAGAAGACAGCCCAGAAGAGGAGGAUGAAGGCUUGGGAGUUGAUCUGUCUUUCAUUGGCUCUCAUGCUUUUGCUCGAAUGGAAGGAGAUAUUGAUAAGCAAAGAAGACUGAUCCUUCAGGGGCAGUUGUCAGAGGCAGCCCUGCAGAAGCAGCAUCAGAGAAAUUACAAUCGCUGGUUGUGUCAAGCACGAUCUGAGGAUCUGUCUGAUAUCGCGUCUCUCAAAGCCUUAUACCAAACAGGUGUUGAUCACUGCGGUCGCACAGUGAUGGUGGUUGUUGGAAGAAAUAUUCCUGUCACAUUAAUAGAUAUGGACAAGGCUCUCUUAUAUUUUAUCCAUGUAAUGGAUCACAUUGCUGUGAAGGAAUAUGUACUAGUGUAUUUUCACACCCUGACCAGCGAAUACAAUCAUCUGGAUUCCGACUUCCUGAAGAAGCUCUACGAUGUCGUCGAUGUCAAGUACAAGAGGAAUUUGAAGGCUGUUUAUUUUGUUCAUCCAACAUUUCGUUCAAAGGUAUCAACAUGGUUUUUUACCACCUUUUCUGUCUCAGGACUGAAGGACAAAAUCCACCACGUGGACAGCCUCCACCAGCUCUUCUCUGCCAUAUCCCCAGAGCAGAUCGACUUUCCUCCUUUUGUCCUUGAAUACGAUGCCAGGGAAAAUGGGCCUUACUAUACAUCUUAUCCCCCAUCACCAGAUUUGUGACCUGCCGUCUUUGAGCACCACUGGUUUCCAAGGACGCCCCUUUCUCCACGAAUCACUACCUACUGAAGCGAUCUUCAUUUUUGCUGUACAGAUCCAGAGAGCCUUUUGUCCCCACCUCUCUGGUAUUUUUUUAUUGACUGUAUAUUUUCUGGCACAUAAACAAUCUGAAAGUGGUAGGCCGUUCUGAACUGCACUCUUAUUUUAAAUUUGUAUAUUUGUAUCAAAUGAAAAUGGGGAUUUUUAGAGGAUUGUUAAUAGAAAUUGGGGAGCGACUUUUGAGUGUUUUCAGUUUCCUGGAAGGACGCUGGAUUCCCUACUAGAAAAGCCACCGAUAUUGUUCCCAUCAUCUCUUUAACAUUGCACGCUUCCUUUAUGUACUUCAGUAUUUCUCAAAAUAUAUAGAACCAAUGUAUGCUGACCGGAUGCAUUAUUUGCUUCAGAUCCUGGCAUUACAUUUUAUACAGAUGAUUUGGUUAUG